UGACACCAAGCAGAAUCUGCUGUUAGGUUAGAUUACAAGGAUACUUUCUGAGCCACACAAAAACAUGCAGGCAACAUCAUUAGUCUAUUAUUUCCUGCUUGUCUCUGUGUGCAUUGAUUUUUCUCAAAAUGAAACCAGUGCACUUCUCAGGAGGCAAAGGAGAAGAAUGCACUACAGAGGACUGAGAAGGAGCUCCUCAGCAGGGCACAGGUCCCCAAGACAGCCAAGGAUGAAGCUUCCAGCUCCUGUUGCUGUAGUACCCAGCAUACCUCUUAUUAAUAUUGAUGACGGGGUUAUGGGCGUAUUUGACUCUCUCAUAGGUUUGGGUGGACAUGAAUCUAGUUACAGUGUCUUACCAGGAAAGAAGGGGCACUGCACAGCUAAUGGGAUGAUUAUGUAUGAUAAAGCCGUCUGGUCUCCCAAGCCCUGCAUUACCUGUCUCUGUUCAAAAGGAGAAGUGAUAUGUGAUACAACCAUGUGCCACCCUCUGAAAUGUCCCAAAACUAUUAUACCUGCAGGAGAAUGCUGCCCAGUUUGUUCUGAUAUUGCCUCCUCUUUGGAUUCAAGUAUUAUUUCACUGGAUGACAUAAGUGAGUUGUCUGGUGAUUCUCCAGAACCCAAUGACCUUGGUAACACCAAUGUAUUGUCAUCAGCACAUACUCAAACUGAAAAAGAUGAACUACUUAGAACAGAAGUGGUAGAGUUUAAAGAGAAAGAAGGUCGUAAAAAGGAUGAAAAGAAAAGAAAAAGGAAAGGCAAAAAAAACCGACAGAAGAAUAAAGCCUAUCACAGAGAAAAGAAGCCUAUCACAAGAAAGGGAGCUGCAGAAGAAGAAAUACAACAUGAAAGUGAUGAAGAUGAUGGUACUUUCAGAAUGCCAUCUCAUUUCCCAAUUCCUGUUCCACCCAUAGAAGCUCCUCCUUUGCCAUCUGGAUGCUCCACCUUGGACACCACAGUAAGCUGUAUUAAUGCCAAACUUACACAAAUACCACCAAUCUCAGAUCCAGAUCUAACAAGUCUAGACCUCACAGGAAAUAGUAUCACUACUAUCUCAGAUGAAGCAUUCAAUGGGAUACCUAAUUUGGAAUGGAUUGAUCUGAGUAAAAAUAAUAUUACCUCUCCUGGCAUAGGUCCACAAGCAUUCAAAAUUCUGAAAAAGCUAAAACGUCUGUAUUUGGAUGGAAAUAUGCUGGUACAUAUUCCCUCUGAAUUGCCAUCAACUUUGGAAGAAAUAAAAAUAAACGACAACCACCUUCAUGCCAUUGAUGAAGACGGCUUACAAGGUUUAAAGAAUUUGGUCACCCUCGAAUUAGAAGGAAAUAAACUUAGUGAAGCGAAUGUCAGUCCUCUGGCCUUUUAUCCUUUGAAAAGCCUCUCUUAUUUGCGACUGGGAAGAAAUAAAUUUAGAAUUAUCCCACAAGGUCUUCCCACCACUCUUGAGGAGUUAUACCUUGAAAAUAAUCAAAUUGAAGAAGUGUCAGAAAUUUGCUUUAACCAUACAAGAAACAUAAAUGUCAUUGUGCUAAAGCAUAACAAAUUAGAAGAGCACAGAAUAGCACCUUUGGCUUGGAUAAACCAAGAGAACUUGGAAUCAAUUGAUCUCUCUUAUAAUAAGUUAUAUCAUGUUCCCUCCUAUCUGCCAAAAUCUUUACUACAUCUGAUACUUAUAGGAAAUCAGAUUGAAAGAAUUCCAGGAUAUGUCUUUGGUCACAUGAAGCCAGGGCUGGAGUAUCUCUACCUGUCCUUUAACAAACUUACCGAUGAUGGAAUAGAUCCAGUAUCAUUUUUUGGAGCAUAUCACUCUCUGCGAGAGUUGUUUUUGGAUCACAAUGAAUUGAAGUCUGUACCAUUUGGAAUUGAUGAAAUGAGAAAAUUACGUUUUCUAAGACUGAACAAUAAUAAAAUAAGGACAGUCCCUCCAGAACGCAUCUGCAGGACUCAUACCAAUGAUGAUGAUGAUGUUCAUGACAACAGUGAAGAGGAAGAGAAUCAAGAGUCACGCUUGGAACACGUUCAUCUUGAAAACAACCAUAUCAAUACAAGACAGCUAUCACCACAUGCAUUUUCAUGCAUAAGAUCCUAUUGCAGUGUUGUUCUUAAACCACAGAAGAUCAAAUGAACACCCAACUUUUGCAUUGCAACCCAGAAACACAGCUUUAUUUAUUCUCUGCAGCUAACAGGUCUGAUUACUUCUGAUUUAAACCCUUCUUACUACUAUAAAUAAGAUACAGUAUAUUAUAUACUGAAGUAAGGUAGUAGUGUAUUUCUUAAUAUUGUUUCAUUAUAAAAACAUUAGAUGUAAAAAUAGAAGCUCAAGAUUUUUAUUUCUAUUGACAGAAAUUCUACUUAAACACAAUAGAUCAAAAUGUGUCCCCAGAUACACCCUCCACAAGAUCAGAUCUUAGAAAGGAAGACUAUAACUAAACCCUAAACUUGGUCCUGUCUUAUUUGAUUAACUGAAUUUAAAACAUUUUAAAUGGUACCAUCAGCUUUAAAAAUGCUACAAAUAAAAGUCCUUGAGCUAUGAACAUUCUAGCAGUGCAAGAAUCAAAUUUCUUAAAACAUACAUGGUACCGGAUUUUCUACCAAACAUUUUGCAGUGAUAAAUACUCUCCCAACGGAAAUUUCAAGUAAAAAAUUGUUUGUUUAGAUGACCCUGAAAACUUCCCGUAUUCAAACACAGAAUCUGAUGAGUUAGAAGAAUGAGCAAUUAAUUAAUUUCUAUGUGGAUGAUUUUCUUUUUUUUUUUUAUUUAACAAAGUGUAUUUGAAAUUUUUUUUUUUUUUAAAAAACUCAGAGAGUGGUAGGUCUCAUUCAUUUGUACAGUAGUUAGUUUGCUAGCUUUUUAUACUGUAUAGGAUCGGGAUCAUGUUGCCCAUUUAGGGGACUAAUUAGACUUUCUUGAAACUUUAAAAUACCCACUUAGUGAUUAUUUGAAUGCUUCUAGGUAGUCAUAAAUCACCACUUCAGAGACAAUGUUGAUAAAGCCAUUUCAGUAAUACAUUUGAUAUGCUUUAGAUAUACAACAGUGUUUACAAGUAGAUCUCUGUUUCCCUAGAAAGGAGUUCAGUCUCUUGAAGAUUUUUUUAGUGUCUCAGUUCAAAGAAAAUAAGCAUUUUAUUAUGAUAUUCUUUCUCUAAAGCGGCCAAAAAAGUAGUUAAUAUUUUUAUUUUAAAGAACAACUUCAAUAAAAACUGAAAGUAAUUCUAACAUCUUUCAUAUUUCUUGAAUUCUACAGUCCUUUCUUAUAAGAGUAGGCUGGUGGUAGGAAAUGAUUACAGAUCACUGGCAAGUCAUUAUUCUUCACGCAAUUAUUUUCCACUUUCUCCUGGGCUAUUCUGUGAGGCAUAAAAAACUGGUACUCUGUUUUCUUCAGUACUAUAGGUAUGCUGCCUAAUAACUUCUUCAGAAUGGAUCGGAACAAAGGAUUAAAUGGUUUAAUAGAGGGAUUGACUUUAUUUAAAGGCAUAUAAAAGCUGUAAGCAACUGCACAUCAUAAAACCUUCUAAGGACACAUAUUAACUACUGAACUGUAACUUUAUUGCCCUCGCUCUGGAAGUGAAGGUUUCACUAUGCAUUUCCCACACAUCCCAAUCUGCUGCCAACGGACAUGUCAUAUAAUCAGCAUAAGCAUACUGUUCACACAACAUUUAACAGUGAAGGAUCUCCAAAUAUUUUUUUUAGCGUAUUAUAGACAGCAUAUAUGAACACCUGAGUUUUGUUUUCUCUGAGAUUUUUGUUAAGUUUGGUAAAGAAUGGUGAAACCAACAGGCUGAGUUUUUACAUACAAUGUUCUGGUUUGGGUGAUUUGAUUUCAUUGCUUGUGCACUUUCAACAUUUGAUUCCUUCCUUCCUUUUGACUUUGGCUAAUACUUUGGCUAAUAUUUCUUUGUCUUUGUCAAACAUCAUUAAGUUCCCAAACUACUGUUUUGAGAGACUAAAAAACCCAAAUUAUUAAAAUGAAUACUUCUAGUCUAUUGCUAAAUGACUUCAGACUUUGCAACACUGCUGAGCAGUGCUUUCAGAAGCUUUACUAAGCAUUUUGAAUACACAGACUGACCCAAGCAGGUAUUUCCAGAUAAACAAGCUGUUGUAUUACACCAUUUUAUGCAUUCUUAUAAUAAAUUUAAGCAAAACACCA